GACUAGGCGGGACCCCGGCACCCCGCGGACCACGCCGGCGGGACCCCGGCGAGGACGGCGCGCAGGAGGAGGAGCCGCGAGACCCGUCCCGGCUAAGGGGAGACCGGCAGGGGCCGCUCCAGGCCCCGCAGCGGCCAUGGGCCCCGUGCCCGCCGCGGGCAGGCCCCGCUAUUAAAACCGCUGCCGCAGCACCCGUCUCCCGCCGUGACUCCGCGCCAGGCCGGGGAACCGGGGACCGGGAAGGGGAGGAAACGGGGCACGCACGGGCCGGCCCCCGGGGAACCACGCGCCGAGCAGCCCCGCCAGCUACCGGCGGCACCGCCCUGGCGCGGCCGCCAGGGGGUGCUGUGCUCGCCGAGAAGGGUUGAGGCGCUCCACCCCGCGCCGCCGCCGUCUCUGUAGCCGCUGCGACCUUCGCUCCUUGACCCCGUGACCGGCCGGUGCGGAAGCGGCGGCGGGGCCAUGGCCAAGUACCUGGCGCAGAUCAUCCUGGUGGGGGCCCAGGUGGUCGGACGGGCCUUCAUGCGGGCGCUGCGCCAGGAGUUCGCAGCGAGCCGAGCAGCGGCAGAUGCACGAGGGCGCUCGGAGAGGCCCCAGUCCGCUGCUGCCUCCAGGAUCAUUGGCAUCAGCCUCCAGGAAGCUCAGCAGAUCCUGAACGUCUCAAACCUCAACCCAGAGGAGAUCCAGAAGAACUACGACCACUUGUUCAAGGUGAACGACAAGUCGGUGGGAGGCUCCUUCUACCUGCAGUCCAAGGUGGUGAGAGCGAAGGAGCGGCUGGAUGAGGAGCUCCGCAUCCAGGCUAAAGAUGAGAAAGAGAAAAGCCAGAAAGCUGAGACGUGACCCCUGCUGCCCCAUGUCCCUCACCCUUAACUUAUAGGUAGCUAAUAAAUACUACAUACUCUAG